AUGUCGGCCGGGGGGGAACACCUCAAGGAUGAGGGCACACGGCGUCAGGUUGUCCUGGCAGGCGGCAUUGCCGGUCUUGUCUCACGAUUCUGCGUCGCACCCCUCGAUGUUGUCAAGAUCCGACUUCAGCUUCAGAUUCAUUCGUUGACCGACCCAAUCUCUCACCAUGGCGUCAAUGGGCCAAUCUACAAGGGGACAUUAUCCACGAUGCGGGCCAUCCUAAAAGAAGAGGGAGUGACGGGCCUCUGGAAAGGCAACGUUCCCGCCGAACUCAUGUACGUCUGCUAUGGCGCCGUCCAAUUUACCGCCUACCGCAGCACAACGCAAGCUCUCUCCCAACUCGGCCCUCACCGUCUCCCUCCCCCCCUUGAAUCCUUCGUCUCCGGCGCCGUCGCAGGCGGCCUAGCAACCGCUGCAACAUACCCACUCGAUCUUCUACGAACGCGUUUCGCCGCCCAGGGCCCCGAGCGUAUCUACAAAUCUCUCUUCUCGUCCGUACGGGACAUCGCACACAAUGAAGGCGCUGCAGGGUUCUUCCGUGGCUGUUCUGCAGCCGUGGGCCAGAUCGUACCAUAUAUGGGGAUGUUCUUUGCGACGUACGAGACGUUGCGGCCGGCGUUGUCUGGGUAUGAGAAUCUGCCGUUUGGAUCCGGAGAUGCGGUUUCCGGAGUUAUCGCGAGUGUUUUGGCCAAGACGGGUGUGUUCCCGUUGGAUCUGGUUCGCAAGAGGUUGCAGGUGCAGGGCCCGACGCGUCACCUCUACGUGCAUCGGAAUAUCCCUGAGUACCGUGGUGUAUUCAACACCAUUUCGAUGAUUCUGCGGACCCAGGGUGUCCGAGGGCUGUAUCGAGGAUUAGUUGUCAGUCUAGUCAAAGCUGCACCUGCCAGUGCGGUGACCAUGUGGACGUAUGAGCGGUCAUUGAAGGUGCUGAGGGAAAUGGAGGUUGGUGUCUAG